GAUUUAAAAUUUGUUUUGUUUUUAUAGAAACACACUAAUUUUUUUGGAAUUUUUGUUUGUAGAAUAGAAUCUACUUACGUUGAAUUUCAAAAUGACUCUAUUCAUAUAUUUAAAGGUUUCUAGUUUUGAGCAUCACAAAACUCAAAUAUUUUAGAACUACAAUUUCCAUGUGAGUAUUAGACAUAUCUGAUGAUUUUAAAGAAAUCAACAAGGGACAUAAUUGAAAUUUAAAACAUUGUUUUUUAUAUUCAAGGGAUAAAUAAAUAUAAUUUUCUGAUAUAUUUUGUAUUUGAGAUCAAUUCGGCAACUCUGUUGAACAUUUUGAGUUCACAUCUCCUGCUAUCCUGUUAAUUGAAUGCAACCGAAUGCGCUGACGUCGAAUACGAGUGCACUUUACAAGUUGCAUGUAAUGUGCAUUUCGCGGGAACGAUCGCCAACGUUUCUACGUCAUCCGUUAUAGUAAUGGAGAAAUUACACUCUUAUCAACACAUCUACCUAAUCUAAAAAAAAAUCUUACUACCGUUACAAAGACUCUAAAAUUGCGGCUUCUACUUGGCCUCGGGAAAAUUGUGGAUGCUUGUCCAUGACUUUUCCGCAACAGGACAAUUCUAUUCGUGAACCUUAUUGCACCGAAGGGCUCAGCCCUAUCGAAGCUUAUGUAGGACCUUAUCCAUCGUGGGCUAGACAAUGUACGCCGAAUCCUUACUACGAAUCAGGAUUUUUUCCGCAGAUACAUAGACAGUUUGCGAAUAAUUCAGGAAAUAGUAAACCACCUCACUCGCACAGUCAUGGUCACACAACGAUCAAAGAUUUAGCAGGAAGUAUAUUAGGAGACGAUAAAAAUAAAGACGAUGGGGAACUUUGGAAUACUGUUGAAGCACAAACAGCGUUUCUCGGUCCAAAUCUUUGGGAUAAGACUUAUGAAACGGACCUUAAGUACGUGGAUUUGGAUGAAUUCUUAUCAGAAAAUGGCGUAUCGAUGGACGGAUUGGGUACCCAUAGUUCUUUAGGUCCCUUAAACAGUUCUCAGUCAGUGCCCAAAAGAGAAAGAUCGCCCAGUCCGAGCGAUUGUAUGAGCCCGGAUACCAUGAACCCUCCCUCACCUGCCGACUCCAAUGAGGAUCUGAAACCACAACCACUUAUCAAAAAGUCCCGCAAACAAUUCGUUCCCGAUGACCUCAAAGAUGACAAAUACUGGGCGAGACGGAGGAAGAAUAACUUGGCAGCCAAGAGGUCGCGUGACGCCCGUCGGAUGAAGGAAAAUCAAAUCGCACUUCGAGCAGGAUACCUAGAAAAAGAGAAUGUAGGACUUCGCCAAGAAUUAGAACGUAUGAAGAAAGAAAACCUAAUUUUAAAGAACAAAUUGUCAAAAUAUGAAGAUGUCUAAGUACCUGAAGGAGUUGGAUUUUUCUCCACGUAUUUCCUAAGAAGAUACAACCGUUGUUCAUCCACCAAAACUCGAAAACUACUUACUUCAGUGAAGAAUCAACUGUUCUUUAACGAGACAACCAAAACAUUUGUAUAUAAAACAUACACAUGUAGUCAUCAUGUAGCUGUUAAGUUUAUUACUUGUAGUAGAAAUUAAUGUUUGUUUCUAGAACAUUGUUACCGAAUGUAUACUUGGCUAAACCAUUUUUUUAUAUUAUAUAAGUACUUUACAUUUUUUCACAAUGAUCAAGCAACAAUCCCAGUAAUAGUAUACUAUCAUUUUUUACGAAUAUUUUCCUUUGUAUAAAAUUGACCAUUCUAUUUAGUUGAAUAUUUGUUAGUCCAGAACAACCCUGUAUUCUCGAUCAUAGUCUAAUCUCAGUAACUGUUCACUUUACUUUACUUUCCACUAUUGUGUAUUCUUCUAAGAAUAAAACAGUUUGUGUUAGUUUCUUCAUUAAAAACUCAUUAAAAUCACCUCACAACAACCGUUUAACAUGACGUUUUGUAUUAAUUUCUUUUCGGCUUCUUUCAUAUUGUUAAAAAACGUGUUAUCUCAAAUUAUAACAACUUGUUUCAUCUAAUCUACUCUGUGGUAGUAAACUGUAUAUUAUUAAUCAAUACACAACUUUUACUUUUAAUAUAAAUUAUCGAGAUCUGUUGCUUGGUACUACCAUUUCAGUUACCAAUCGUUUUUGUCCUUGUAUAUUUUUUUACAUUUGAUUUUUGUGUUUCUUGCACUGGUUUUUGAUCAUUAGACAUUCUAUAUUAGAAUCGACAUUUCGAAAAAAAUUAUUGAUGUUGCCAAGUAUUUUUCGACAGAACUAUUUUUUUGUUGAUUGUUUUUAUGUUUAUAGAGUCUAUUUUUGGUUGAAGUUAAUUUAGUAAAAUUUGGAAAUAAUUGUUGAAACACGAAGUAUUUAAAAAUUCUCCCGAUUAAUAUUUAAGUUAGUAUUCUGAUUCUAAAACAAUGAAACUUGUACCAAAAUUGGUGUCAUUAGUUUGUUGGUAGUAUCGUCAGAAGUGUCAUAUCGAAUGUAAUUUAAGUUUAAACAUUAAUCAUACUAGUAGUGUCUAAUAAUAGUAUAAUUACCUUAAAGACAGCUGUAUCAAUAUGCUUUAGCUCAUCAAUUCACAAUAAAAUGAACAAAGUUUUUCCGUCAACUUGCUGCUUUCCUCGCAAUAAUUGUAGGGGUCUAUCAAUCACAGAACCCAUAUUCUUCAAUAAUUUACUUGAUGCAGAUUAUUUAUAUCCUGUUUAUUGUGUUUAUAACCAUUAUAAAAACUUCAACAACUUUCAGUCUUAUUGAAAAAUCUCCUUGCAUAUUACUUGAUUUGAUAAAUUGCACAAUAUAGAGGAAAGGCAGUUAACGUAAAUUUUAUUAACCCCAUGUUAUUACAAAAUAUCAGAUCAGAAACAAUUUUUCUACAAAAAAUACAUGAAGUUGCAGCUCUAUCUUCACUAUCACUAUCUUUUAUUGCUGUUUUUGCAGCUUUCUUAUCGUUUUUUGUAACGUCUACGACCUCUACCUUCCUUUUUACAGCAUCUCUUUUGGUUUUUUGUUUUUAUUACUUUUUUCAAGAAAUUCCUCUCUUUAUAGACUGUGGACGUCAGAGCUCAGGUUUUUCCUUUUCGAUUCAAAUUUUGAUCACACUAUGGAAAUAGAUUUGCGAGUGGAAAAGAAGAAACAUUAGUAGACGUACCUGGUUGAAGCUAAGUAAUGUUUGUAGUCUCAAGUUUUUCUGGAAUCCUUUCCUUUGGAAAUACAUAAUGUUUCGUUUUAUAUGUACCUAGCUGAGGGUAGGAGUGGUUUCCUUUUUGCGUCUAUAAUCUGAAAUUUUUUCGUGUGAAGAAGCAGGGUCCUUAUUUUUGUAAGUGAGUUCGGAAGCAGUAAUUGACAUGACUAAUUUUUUCUUUUGGCCAAGAACAUAGAUUAUUUCCAUAUAAUAAUAUGUCACCUUAAGCUUAAGACUGUAGACGUCUGGAAGAUUACAUUAGAAAUUACAAUCAAGUCGAUCUAAUGUGAUUUACAAUUUUGCCCACUAACUCAGAUUUACCUGCCUUUCCUUUACUUCCGAAGCAUUUCAGAAUAACUGAGUUUCCUCAACUCAGAGUUGUUAGAAUAUCCAUUCAAUUGAUUCUUUUACAUAAAUCAUUUGCUCAAAAGUCUCUCAAUUUUAUCGGUUGCUGCUAUUCUGCACUUUUUUAUUUCUAAUACUUGAAGUCUGCCAACUCCUACUUUUGAUUUCGUGUUUCUACUAACUUCCUUUUAAUCCAGAAGUGUCAUCAUGAUAUCAGAAUCAGACGCAACUCAAUUAUAAAUUAGGACGGGGAUUUGUUUAAUUAAAUAUAUGGGAUAUAACUUACUCAGUUGUUUCGAGGAUUAUUUCUGAUUCCGAUCUAGUAGUAUUUCUAAGUAACAUAGUAAAGUCGUAGUAUGCUCACAAAUGUGCAGUGAUAGAAGCGGUAGCACUUUUUUAGCUACUUAUUUUCUAUUUAUAGAGAAACUAAUAACGAACAUCUUACAGAAUAAUAACAAGAGAAACAACAAUAAAACCUACCUUAUAUAAUAUUGUAUAUUGUUCGUUGUUGGAUAUUGUUAUAAAGUUCGCAAAAAGUGAGUUAUAAUAUUAAAAAGAUAUGAUAUUUCGGAUCUCGUGGAAUACAUAUUAUUAAUUAGAUCUUUAAAUGAAGUGCUAACUUUGGAAAUAUCAAUUAAAGAGCUAUCAAUUGUUAAUUUAUUGUAUUUGUUUUUACCAUCGACACCCUUAUACGCUCUCUCUAGUCUUAAUUAUUGACUAUUUUCCCGCGCACCUUCACUUUUAUAUUCAACACCAACGACAAUGGAUUAUGAAACAUUUUGAACGUUGGAGUAACUAAUAACAAAUGGAAAAACACAAAAAAUAAUGCAAAAUCUUUAAAAGAGGUUAUGUGACAAUUUUUAAGUCAUUGAAUUUUUCAGCAUAACGUUUAAACUAAUUUACAUUGAAGUAAAAUCAAAAUGUCUAUAAUUAAAUUUGGUCAAACAUCACAAGAAUACUAAGAAAAUCAUUUUAACACUCGACGCUGGCUUAGAGCGUCAAAUGAGGUCACGUGGUAUAAUUUAGACUGAAGCGAUAUUUCAAAUUAAUGCAGCGUUAAAUAUAAGAGCGUCAAGUUUCAAAACGCUUAAAAAAAGCACUAAAACAUACCUCUGUCAAUAUAUGGUUUAUUCCAUAAUUGUUUGAUUAAAUUUUCGUCUUAAAUUGGCGAUUUAUUCUAAAGGAUGAAUAUAUAUUGUAUCGUUAAAGUUAUUUAUUAAAUAUUCACCUCGUAGUUCAUUUUACUUUUCAAAACAUUAGUAAACAGCAGAUAAUGUAGAUUCAGGUUUUUUGCUAUAAUACCCGAUUUAGAAAGCUAUACAAUGUUUAAUAUUAAAGCUGAAUUAAUUUAUAAUGAUACUCCAGUCAAAAUUAUACCAUGUUACCUCAAUUGAAGUUCUAAGACAGCGUCAAACGCUAACAUGAAAUUACACCUUUAGAAUUUGUGUUAUAGAAAUGAAAUUAUGGAAUGUUGGAAUUAAGAACUAGAAUGUGGAAGCAGAUUGAUUAGCUAUAAGCUCGACUCUCCAUCAACACCAUCUUGAGAAUCAAUUGAAUAUUUUAAUAAACUGUUAUUUACUUCAUAAUUCUGAAAAUGCAGAUGCCAUCAGAUAAUUAUUAAUGCAUGCACACUUGAGGAGGGCUAUUUUAUAGAAUGAAUGCAAUACGAGAUGUGGCUAUCAAAUAACGAAACUAGAGAUAUUUGAUUUUGAUAUUAAGUAUAUUUAUUUGUCAUUACUUUUAAUAUAUACCCUUACUCUAUCACUACAUCGCUUCAUGCUAAUCUUCUAUUGUUCGAAACAGCGCUGAUCUUUCAGGGCGCUCGCUGCUUUUCUUUCCCAGUUUCAACAUACUCCUUUCAAUGCAGAUUUGAUUCGUCACACGUUAUGAUCGUUUCUAAUAAGUUUGAGACAUUUCCAAUCGCUUUUUAAGUGUCAAUACAGAUAAUUUUACGAGCUUCUUUUUAAUGUGAGGAUUUUAGACACCAGUUUUGCACAAACUUAUCGCAUGUUGAAAUUUUCAUGUAAAAUUUGCCGCACACAUUCUGAAUCAAUUACCAUAGAUUCAAAAAUCGCCCGAAUACUUAGCCGACUUUCAGAUCUACUAAAAUUACCGACUUUUUCGAUAUCAUCAUUCGUUUUUGACGUGGAAAGGCGACCCAAACGUAAAUCAUCUUCAACAUCUCGGUCAUUUUGAAAAUGUUUAAAAACGUUCAUAGUCAUACAGUUGUUUCAAUAAAUUACAUAUAAGUUUCUGUUACAGUUUUAUGUGGCCUGAUGAUAUGUCCAAUAUAUAUUCAAAAUUAUACCUCACUAAUGAAGACUACCAAAAUGAAUCUAAUACCAGCUACUAUUUCCAAAGUUCUUUUUAAUUUUAUUUUAGGACAAAAUAUCAUUUUGAGUGAUUAAAUAUUUUCGUACCCCAGUUACCAUAUUUAUAAUUGAUAUCUCGCUUUUUAUGAACAUGUAAUUUUUGAUAUUCAUUUUUCACUACAAGAUUAUUUAAAUGUUAGAUAAGUAUCGACUGCAGUGAUAGAUUUACUUUUUGAUGUAUUAGUUUGAUGAUGCAUAGAAUAUGGCCUGUUUUUAUUUUUUGUUAAGUGUCUGUAGAAAAGUAGAUAAUAUAUACUUUUAGAAUGAAACUUAUAUUAUUUUGUAGUGAAACCAUUGUUGUUAAUGUUGAUAUUACAAACGUGAGUAACGUUAUUUCUGAAAUUUCUUUUAAAAAUACCCAUUGUUCAUCUAUUGUUUUAUAAAAUUAAAAAAUUAUAUGAAAUAUCAUACAAUUAUAUUUUGAGUUUGUUAUACUCGCUACAAUUUGAUUAGUUACAGUUCGAUAAUCAAAUUUAACAUGGUUUAAGAGGUUAUGUUUUUCAUUAUAAUUAUCCAAAUUUCAAAUUAGACAUCAUAAAACUUGUCUCCAUUCUUAUAUGAUUUAUAAAACAAAGUUAAACUUUCCUGCUCUUAGUUCCAAAAACUAUUUUCAUUCACUUAUCAUGUGUCCGUAACAACAAUCAUUUACUUAUUUCUCUUUUAAAAUUUCAAACUAUCUAAUAGUGCUAAGAAACUGAACUAAAUAAAAUUAUUGCCUGUUUUCUCUGGUUUAUUAUAGGUGUUACCACAGAUACAUAAAAAGCAUUUCUUUCAUGCCAAUAUCAUAAAUCUACAUUUUCAAAAUUUGUACUUAUAAGAAUUUUUGCAUUAACCAAAAAAGUAUUUUUAAUAAGAAUUUCCGAAAAAACGUUUAUUUGUUUAAGACGUAAUGAGGUUGAUUUACGAAUAUAAAGAUGGUUGUCAGUGAUUUCACACAGUGAUAUAUGUGUUACAAAUAUAUGAUGUUACCAUAUAAUAUUAAGAAAUGUCAAGAUCACAAGAACACCUACAGAAAUACUACUGCUUCACUGAAAAUAUAUUUGCAGGUUUAUGUUGAAACAACAUAUUUGUAAUAUCUUGAAAAAGUCACCUUGAUUUCGAAAAAAGAACGUCUCAGAUAGUAUGGUAUCAAUUUAGGAAAAUCGAUUCUAUUUAAUAACUUCUAACACUAAUCGUCAAUUGAAAGUAAGUUAAAGUAUAGUUUCAUCGACCCCUUUAUACUUUUUCUAAUAAUUUCAUCAUUAUUUCAUAAUAAAUACCGUAAAAUUGUGGCUUAUUUUAAAUCUUUUCCAUCAAGAUUUCCAAUUUGAUUUGUUAUUAAUAUAUAUGUGUGGAGUGGUGACUUUUUCAAAAUAGUGAUUUAUCUGCAAUUUUCAGCAGUGCAGUAUCAGAUUCUUGAUUGAGUAAAAUAUCGAGAACUGCCUUAAAGGCAUGCCUUAUAAACUUUGAAUUUCUAACUUUUAUAUUUGUUGAAAAUAUUAAACUGCUGCGGUGUUUUUAUUGAGGCUGAAUUUAUGUUCAGUGAUGGAAAAAUUUUUACAUAUUUACAAAAUGUUACUGUUGAAUAUACAUUAUAUUUAUGAAUAUAAUUUUACAUUAAAAAUGUAUGUGAAGGCCUCAAUGUUAACCAUUUUGAAAAAUAUUUUGAAUUUUAUAGGAUGGCGCAGUUUUUUUGCAUAUACACAAGUGAUGCAUAUUUAGUAGGAUGAAUUCUUGUGUAGAUGAUAUAACAAAUAAUUUUAAACCUGUAAUUGCUAUUGUGAGCAUUAAAUGAUAAAACAAUC